AUGGGAAUGACCCCCGCGGACUCUGAAAGAGCCCCCAUGGUGGAACAGCGGCCCCUGGCGCUUGACCUGGAGCAGCCAGAAGCAGCCAGUCUGUGGGAUGCCUCUCCGCCCGGCACCCUUGGCCAGGAGGCAGCACUGUGGCGGAACUGGACCCACAGCAAACCUCCAGCCAUGGGCACUGAGGAAGAAGACGCUGGCCGUGAGCAUGACGCAGGAGGGGCGUGCCUCCCACCUCACAGAGGUCUCCACUUGGAUGACCGGCCUGUGUCGUCAGGGAGCCCGGAGGAGGAGGAGGAGGAGCCCAGCUACCCGGAGCCCGCCAACAGUGAAGAAGGGACUCCGGGCGAGUCCUCCGUGGACCCAGCAGAAUCUCUGGAGCUGCCACAGCUUCCUUCCCGAGCCAAAGAAGAGGUCGGCGAGGUUGUGCUUGCCACGGGGGAAAGCAGCCUCAGGACAGCCCCUGGGCAAGAGCUGCUGUUGACGGAAGGAGACCCGGAUGGGGCGGAAUGUCUGUGCCUCUUGGAGCGCAAGGGCCUGGCCCCGGAGGGCAGCCAACAGGAGGCCCCGGAGUCCUCCUGCUGCAUCCAGGCCGAGGGCUCCAGCAGCAGUGAGCAGGAAUGCCCCAUCUGUACAGAGGUGUAUGACGGCGCCAGGCGCCGGCCGGCCCUACUCAACUGUGGCCACACGCUGUGCGGCCAGUGCCUGCACGCCAUCAUGGAGGCGGCCAGCGCCGCAGACAUCGGCCGUGUGCGCUGCCCAAUCUGCCGCCAGAAGACACCCAUGAUGGAGUGGGAGAUCUGCAAGCUGCAGGAGGAGCUGCUGCUGCUGAGCGCCACGCCGGGUCCGUGCCUGGGGCCACCUGCCUUCCAGUCCCUGCCGGCCCGGCGCCCGGGCUUCUGGGGAGGCCUGGAGCACCGCUUCCAGGUCCGGUUCCUCACCAGCCGCAUGAUGGGCUUCCUGCCCUGCCUUCGCUACCCGCCCUGCCUGAUCGGUGGCCUGGCCCGGCUGCAGCGCCGUUGCCCCUGGGGCUACCGGCUGGCGCUGCUGCUGCUGCUGGGGGCCGAGAUGCUCAGCCUGCUGCUGGUCUUCCUGCCCAUCGUGCUGCUCCUGCUGCUCUUCCUCAUCCUGGACAAAUAGGGCGCCUGGCCUGGCCCUACGAGGGGGCUGGAAAGCAUGGCGGGGGCUUGGACGGCUCUUUGCCACGCAGCCUUUCCCUGACGGGUGAUUCAGCAGCAGCAGCACCAAAGUCAAGGAAACAGCUGCCGCCUUCACUUCCCAGUGGAGGAGAAGGGAUCCGAGGGUCCCUCUGGAAGAGAACGGCUCCCUCUCCCGCGGUUCGAAGGGCGAGGAACUUUGAACGAGCCGCAAACACGCAGGCCUCCGCACACCGCUCCGACAACUGCUCUGAGGGGAAAGCGGCACUCGCAGAAUGGCGAUAGUUUUGGAGUUGGGGGCAGCAGGUUUCCCUCUGGAAAUUUCAGCACUAAGAACCGGAGGGGGUGGGCUGUUUGCAGUGGG